AGCACUGAUGAAUGCUAGGUUCCGACCAAAUGUGCGCCAGCACUUCUUAACAAAGUUUGCGCUAUUGGAAUGCCAUGGUCGGGUAGGCUUCUGCAGUCGGCAGUUCAUGACAAUGACGGCAGCCACCUUGAUAGCUACGACUCGUGGGUUUCAGUCCUGGGCCUUACAAGAGACGCACUAUAAACCGCACGAGGGAUCCCUGCGCUCAUCAUAUUCGAGGAUCACCUUCCGUUUAGAGCCGGAAGAUAAAUGGUGGAACCUGUCCCGCUGUCGCUUUACUUGAGACCUACGCUAUAUCCUACGCAUCGGCUACAAACUCGGGGGUCCGCCCAUCUGUCUUCAACAUUCGGAGUGUCUUGCGCAAAAGAGGCGUGAGAGCAUCAAAAUGAUCUCUUUGAUUCGCAAAUGCAUCCUGUUGUGGCUCGUUACCAUCUCCAUGGUACAUGCAGCACAGCAGCCUGCACUGUCAAAGCUUCCCGCAUGUGCUCAACUGUGCCUCUUGAGUGCUUUCGGUACAAACACCUGUUCACCAACAGACCAAGCAUGUAUUUGCACGAACGAUGUCUUCCAAAACAACGUAACGCUGUGUGUGAGCGCCGGCUGCACCAUCCCUGAAGCUCUAGUUACGCGCAACAUCAGCCUGACCACCUGCGGAGCCCCAGUACGGGAUCGCGGACAAAGCUAUGUGCUGUUGUCAAACGUCAUGGUAUGCAUAGCUGCUGCCUUCGUUGCGAUGCGUUUCGCCUUCAAGGCCACCGUAUCGAGGAUGGACUUUGGCUACGACGACUGGUGCGUCCUGGCGACACUCAUAGCCGCUAUACCCAGUGCCGUCAUCACUGUCUUUGGCACCGUGAAGAAUGGACUUGGCCAAGAUCUCUGGACCCUGACCCCAACGGAGAUCACUCAGAUGCUGCAAUACUUCUACAUCAUGGCUUGGCUUUACUUCACGCAGCUUAUGCUGCUGAAACUCACGCUAUUGUUCUUCUACAUCCGCGUGUUUCCAAGCAAGGGGGUCCAACGACUACUGUGGGGUACAAUCAUCUUCACCGUACUCUGGGGUGUCGCCUUCAUCAUCGUCGCAAUAUUCCAAUGCCGGCCCAUCCAUUACUUCUGGACAAAAUGGGAUGGCAUGCACGAAGGCACCUGUCUAGAGAUCAACGCCAUCACUGCAUCGAAUGCGGCCAUAUCCAUCGCCUUGGACUUCUGGAUUUUGGGUGUACCUCUUUGGCAGCUUUGGGGCUUGAAGCUACACUGGAAGAAGAAGGUCGGUGUAGCGCUGAUGUUCUGCGUCGGCACUUUCGUCACCGUCGUCAGCAUCCUGCGUCUACAAGCCUUGGUGCACUUUGCCGCUUCAUCGAACGUAAGCUGGGAGUUCUACGACGUCUCAAUGUGGAGCUCGAUUGAGAUCUGCGUCGGCAUCAUGUGCGCCUGCCUUCCAACCCUCCGUCUUCUCCUUGUCAGACUCUUCCCCAUUCUCGGCGGCUCAUCGGCACGCAGUCGUCAAUACUACAACUACGGCAGCGGCAACGAACUCAGGAACGUCAGUCAAAAACACAAGUCGUACAACUUGAACACGGCUAUAUCCAGCCCCCGUACAGAGUCUUUCGAUACCAAGGUGGAAGAUGGCAUCAGAGUCAAAACUUCGUAUCACGUGAAGCAUAGCCAUAGUCAAGGAGACACAGAUGAGGCUAGCUUGGUAAGCUAUGAGGGAAAGCAGAGACCAUAGUACCACAUCCGAUACAGUAAUGAUCAUGAGUAUUUCGCAUCACCUGACGCUCCCCACAUGAACACAUGUUACCUAGGUACUUUGAUGAAUGCCUCUGCCGAC